AUGAUGGUCUGGGUUCUUUUGUCGAAGUUCGCUAUGCGAGAAAUAGCCCGUUACCGGCAGUCAUUCAGCAUACAGAAAACAGCUGUUCGCAGCCAGUUUGGCGCUUGCCGUUUGCGGAGUGCCGACUUCAAAGCCGGCGCCCUUUGGUCACGGUUCAUCGGUCCGCGUCCGCGGGACCUCGUCGUUCAUGCACUGCUGGCCAUGGCGACACAAAAGACACCGUCGCCCCCCUCCCUCCCCCAUGGCGGAAAGACAUGCUUUUGA